GCGUGUAGGUAUAAUUCCUGUGACGGAAACAAACAAAGCGGGAGCAGGGUUCGACCACCACUACGCAGAAAGUUCUCUGUUUGUGUUUGAAGCCUGUUAAAACUCCGAACUCCCUUCUUGCAGUCUCAAAAACGCAACAUAGAGAGAGGUUAACCAAAGCUUAAAAAUGGAGGAUAUGAAGAAGAGGAAGAUGGAGGAGUCAAGCAACGGCGGUGAAAUCUCAACAACCCAAGAGCACCUUCGUUCUCUCCUUGACCCUCUCAACAAAUCCCAGCUCGUCGAUCUUCUCUCUAGACUAGGGACCCAAUAUCCUUCCAUUGCAGAAGAAAUUAAAAGCCUAGCCAGUGCAGAUCCAGUGCAUCGAAAGCUUUUUGUCCGUGGCUUGGCCUGGAAUACCACUUCAGAAACCUUGUGUGCUGCAUUUCGUGUCCAUGGUGAAAUAGAAGAAGGUGCUGUCAUUUAUGAUAAAGCCACAGGGAAAUCUCGUGGCUACGGCUUUAUUACUUACAAACAUAUGGAAUCAACACAAAAUGCACUGAGGGCACCUAGCAAAUUGAUUGAUGGUCGGAUGGCUGUCUGUAAUCUAGCAUGUGAAGGGUUAAGUGGGGUGAGUACUACGCCUGAUUUAGCCCAGAGAAAACUCUAUAUUGGAAGUUUGUCACCAGAGAUCACAAGUGAAUUGCUGCUCAACUUUUUUGGAAGGCAUGGUGAGAUUGAAGAAGGUUCAGUUGCUUAUGACAAAGAUACCAAUGAAUCGCGUGGGUUUGGUUUUGUUACAUACAAGACAGUGGAGGCUGCAAAGAAGGCCAUAGAUGAUCCACAGAAGACACUUGGGGGGAGAACUAUUGUUGUGAAGCUUGCUGAUACUCACAAAGGCAAAACAGCACAAACACAAUUGCCUCCACCAGUGGUACCAGUACCCUUGCCAAUGGCAGCUGGAUACACUCAACCUGUAAAAGCACAUCCUGGCCCUGCCCCUGUUGGCUACUCUUAUCCUCAAACUAUGACAUCAUAUCCUGCUUCCUCUUACCCAAGUCCUCCCACAGCACCUGCUCCAUAUCCUCCUCAAUCUCAAAUUUCAUAUCCACCAGUUGCCAUGAAGAAAGAUCCGCUCGGUCUUUCACCACCAACACCUAUGGGAAUGGGUGGAUACCCUUAUUACCUUCCAAAACAAUGAUUUUCUCUCAGUGAAAUCUCACUGUCGUUCUAGUUUUUUACUCUUCUUUUCCUCUCUUUGAUUCUUUUCUUUUCUACUAGCAGCUAUAAUCUUGUCAUUGAGUAGACUUUGUCACUAGUUCUGUUAGAGCAGGUAUUGGAAUGUCUAGUAUGGCAGAGAAACUAAAAUUUUGUUACUGAAAUCUUCUUUUUGGUUAUAUUUUCUUCUUUCUCUCAAAUGGACAUGCUAUGGCAUCCAUCUAAUGUAUUAUAACCCAUACUAGGAAUAACUGAAUUGCUCUGCAGGAUUCUUUUUU